AUGGCUGCAGAAGCUGACGCCAUGUUCCUUGAGCCAGCCUAUGCCGCUGGAGCAUUUGCUGCUGCUGCUGCAGCUGAACUGCAGCAGCAGCGUGGACUGCCGCCAGCAGCAGCAAUAGCAGGUGCAGCUUCUGCUCCUCUGAAGCUGUUGCAGCAGCAGCAACAGCAGCAGCAGCAACUGAGCGCUGGCGAGCUGCAGCAGAUCUGGGGAGAAGCCGCAUGCGUGCUUUCGGCAGCAGCAACAAAAACAGAAGCAGCAGCAGCAGCGGAAGCAGCAGCAGCAGCACCUGUUGUUGCUGCUGCUGCUGCAGAUAAAGAAGAUGCUGCUGGCCUUCUGAGUCUCCUUGCCGACAUAGCUUGCAGCAGGCGGGGGGCGCUGCAGCAGCAGCAGCAGCAGCUCCUGCUGCCGCGGCAACCCCAGCAGCAGCAGCAGCAGCAGCAGCAAAUGAAUCUGAAAGCAGCAGCAGCAAAUCUCUCUCAGUUUGUCCUUGGGGGCCCCUCAGCAGUUCAGCUGCGGGAAGAAACAACUGCAACAAUGCGCUGCAUAGCUCACUUAGCGAAGCAGCAGCAGCAGCAGCAGCAGCAGCAGCAGCACCAGCUGCAGCAGCAGCAGCAGAUGGCUGCUGGUCGUGCUGCUUUCCCUGCUGCUGCGCCUGCUGCAAAGCUUGCGCAGCUGUACCCCCUACAAGCGUAUCCGCAGCAGCAGCAGCAGCAACUGCAGCAGCAGCAGCAGCAGCAGCAGCAGAUACUCCGGCCAGAAAUAACAGCCGGAGGGUUUGGGACUGCCAUGCACGAGCUGAAGCGGCGGCGCGCUGAAGGACUUCCAGAAGCAGCAGAAGCAGUUGAGGCCCUAGAAGCAGCAAAGGGCCAAACCCUAGCUCAGGCGAGGGUGACCCCCUCUUCUGUUAUUAGUAAAUUUCAUGGAGAAACAGAAAAGCUGAUCAAGGGGCUCUUCAAAGUCGCUGCUCUUGAGAGCCCUUCUUUAAUCUUCAUUGACGAAAUAGAUUCUCUACUCGGCAAAAGGCGGGAGAGGGAAGAUGAUGCGUCUAUCCGAAUGAAGAAUCAGCUUCUGCAGAUGAUGGACGGAUUGAGCAGCAGCAGCAGCAGCACCAUUAUUGUUGUGGGUGCCACCAACAGACCAGAUAUGCUAGAUGACGCAGCAGUGCGGCGCCUGUCUCGGCGUGUUUUGGUGCCGUUGCCCGACGAGGAUACGAGAGCAAAAAUUAUCCGGUAA